CAGGAUAAUGACCCCAAGCACACCUGCAGGAAGGCCAAGGACUGGCUAGAGGAACAAGCAUUCAAUGCUAUAAUUUGGCCUGCACAAUCACCUGACCUAAAUCCUAUUGAACAUUUCAAGAGGAAGCUUGCACGAGUGAACAUGAAAAGGACAUCACUGCCACAAAAUAUUACAGAGUUAUGGGAUGUUUUGAUGGAUGAGUGGGGUUAUAUUGAGAUGGACUACAUUGAUAAUUUGUUUAAAAGUACGCAAAGGCAAAUUGGGGCUCUUUUAGAUGAUAAAAGGGGUGCUGAAAAGUAUUAG